AACCUGAUCCAGCUUCAUCCCUCAGCACCGUCCUCCAGCAGCCAUGGGGAACCACGGGUCCAACCUGGACGACAUCCUGGCCGAGGACAUGCACCACUGGUACAACAAGUUCAUGAGGGAGUCCCCGUCAGGCCUCAUCACGCUGUUCGAGCUCAAGGCCAUCCUGAACCUGAAGGGCAUCACCGAGCACGCCAACAGCUACGUGGAGCAGGUCUUCUUCACCUUCGACAUGGAUGGGGAUGGCUACAUCGACUUCGUGGAGUACAUCGCCGCCGUCAGCCUGCUGCUCAAAGGAGAGAUCAACCAGAAGCUCAAGUGGUACUUCAAGCUGUUCGACCAGGAUGGGAACGGAAAGAUCGACAAGGAGGAGCUGGAGACCAUCUUCACCGCCAUCCAGGACAUCACACGGAACAGAGACAUUGACCCCGAGGAGAUCGUGACACUCAUUUUUGAGAGGAUCGAUGUUAAGGGUGAAGGUGAGAUGACCCUGGAGGAGUUCAUUGAAGGAGCCAGAGAGCACCCAGACAUCAUGGAUAUGUUGAAGAACCUGAUGGACCUGACGCCGGUUCUGGAGAUAAUAGUGAAGGGUCGACAGCCCAUCACCAACGACUGACUGAAACAAAAACAAUAAAAUCUUCUGAACUCUUGAAACAACCA